AUGUACGAGCAUAUCACUCAUCUGAAAACAAUCUCAAAAGAUAAGGGAUGUGACAUAAUAAUCGAUGAAACAGUAAAUGCCCCAAGGAAAUCACUGAGGGGACUUCUUCUCUUUUACGAGCCAUACACAGCAGCAGUGGGAGACAGUGAGAAGACAAUUCCAACAUCGCUGAGGUAAAGUUGGUUAUGAAUGGAAUCCCAAGUAAGUUUUAGUCAAGGAAUGAAGAUAAGAGAAAUGUGGGAGGAGGUUCUCAGAAGAUUUGAUAAGGAGAACAGCGCGAUUAAUGCAACAGACUUUUAUGCUGGAGAUAGUUUCGGUCUUUUCAUCGAUCUGAGGAGUCUAAGUGACUACGAUCUUCACGUUUCAGGGUUGAGAUUGAUGAACAGGAAGGAAGAAGUUCAUCUCGCGAUUAACAGGAAACCAUCGAGUUCAAGAAAAGUUAAAUCUCACAUCUUCAUCCUCUCAGAUGCUCAGCUUAACAUCAACCGCGAGUUUGAGAGAGUGACCUACUAAUGAGAUUUAGGCUGUUGUAUGAAACUAAAAAAAAUCACGUAAUCACAUUUAUUGACAAGAGGAUAGUUCUGGAUGAUAAGAUCAACACGCCUGCUCAUGGGAGACAUCUGAUCAUUAAUCAUAUUUACAAGUUAAUAUCUUAUAGUUUUUGAAAAUGAGUAGAGUAGCGGGAAUCGGGGGAAAGUUAAGAAUGGAAGUGUUCCGGGCUUGUCCCGGAGCUUUGCAUAUCCUUGACACUUGCCUUACACUAGAAUCCCCUCUUUAUAUCUACUUGUUCUCUUUGGAGGCGCUCCCUCUUCCUUGUUUAAUUUUUCUUCUCAGAUAUUUUAUCAUGUAGAUUUCUCUGUUUCCAUCUUUUACGACUGAUAUUUGCUUCCAGUAUUUGACUUUUAUCUACUAUAGAGUCUUAGUUUAUUUGUUGUGUGCUUGUGUGCGUUUCGCCAUUUAUUUAUGUCUUAGGGGUACACAUCUUCCCUUCUAACUUUUGUACGGCUUCCUGUAUUUUAAUCUGGGACUAUCUGUGCCCAAGAUCCAUGUACCAUAUGUAUUUAUGAUUAUAGGUACAUCUGUGCCCAAGAGAAUGGAAACAUUUAUGUUCAAGUGAGUGCGGCCAUCUGUGCCCAGAAA